AUGUCACGCCAAAAUACCUCUGUCGUCCUCGCCGAGCGGCCCACCACUGACAUCAUCCCCGGCCAGACCUUUCGCAUCGAGACGGCCCCGGCAGCCACCGCCGCCGAUCUCAAGGAUGGCUUCCUGCUCGUCGAGGCUCUCUACCUGAGCCUCGACCCGGCUAUGCGCGGCUGGCUCAACGACCGCCCGUCCUACCUGCCGCCCGUCCAGAUUGGCGCUGUCAUGCGCGGUGUCACCGUCGCCCGCGUGCUGGCCACCAAGUCCUCCAAGGCCGCUGAGGGCGACAUUGUCGUGUCCUUUUCCGGCUGGACCGAGGUCGCCGUCAUCCACGAGAAGAUGAUUGAGAACCCCUUUGCCGCCAUGCCCGCCGCCCUGCGCAGCCGCCUGCGGCCCAUCGACCUGGUCAGCGCCCUGGGUGGCACUGGCCUGACGGCCUACUUUGGCCUCAUGAAGGUCGCCGGCGGCAUCAAGCCGACCGACACGGUUGUUGUGUCGGGCGCCGCUGGCGCGACCGGCAGCGUGGUGGGCCAGAUCGCCAAGAUCCUGGGCGCCAAGCGCGUCGUCGGCAUUGCGGGCAGCGCCGACAAGGUCAAGUGGCUGACCGAGGAGCUGGGCUUUGACGUCGGCCUCAACUACAAGGACGCCGACUUUGCGCAGCAGUUCAAGGCGGCGACCACCGACCGGAUCGACGUGUACUGGGACAACGUCGGCGGCGAGAUCCUCGACAUGGCCCUGGGCCGCGCCAACCUGUACGCGCGCUUCGUCAUGUGCGGCGGCAUCAGCCAGUACAACACGACCAACGUCAAGGGCCCCAAGAACAUCCUGCAGGUCGUCGUGCAGCGCAUCAAGAUGCAGGGCUUCCUGGUCUUUGACUACGCUGCGGAGAAUGCGACCGCCAUUGGCGAGCUGGCCAAGUGGGUGGCCGAGGGCAAGCUCAAGAGCAAGGAGCACAUUGUCAAGGGCGGUCUGCGCGCGGCCGAGGAGGCGCUGGUCGGCCUGUUCAAGGGCGUGAACACGGGCAAGCUGGUGGUGGAGAUCAAGAACCCCGAUGAGUCCUCGAAGCUGUAG